GUGCAUACAGUAUAUUUCAAGAAACCAAUCUCAGUGCAAACUGCGCAACAAAACAAGUGAUAAAAUGUCGGUGCUCCCUUACUACGACUUCGAUAGGAUGAUGCAGAGAAUGGAGCGGGAGUUCUUUAAUUCGCCAUUUCAUCAGCUCUUCCCUCGGGAUCUGUACCGGCCGAUGGGUGACUUCUUCAAGCCAUGGGACAACGUCUUCAGACCUUGGGAAGACAUCAUGAAGCCACUCGACCACGCGUUCAGCCACCUCGCCUUGCAAGACGCCGGUUCCUCCAUAACAGCUGAUGAUGAGAAAUUCCAAGUCAACGUCGACGUCCAGCAUUUCGCCCCUGAAGAAGUGCAGGUGAAAGUGAAAGACAGAGAAGUGAUGAUUGAGGGACGGCACGAGGAGAAAAGAGAUGACCACGGAUACAUUUCCAGGCAGUUUAUUCGAAGGUAUACGUUGCCUGAAGGGUGCUUGCCGGAUACUGUGGUGUCUCGACUGUCUUCAGAUGGGGUGUUGACGGUCACGGCUCCAAAAGUGCUUCCACUGCCGUCAGCUGGUGAGAGGAUCAUCCCGAUAACUCAUACCGGGCCGGUGCAGAAGCGGAUCGGUCAGGGUGCUACGGUCCAUGAAGUGAAGUAAAUGCCAAAGAAGAAUGCCAUAUUUAACCGUUAUUCUGUGCCUAUAUAGACUUGAUUUCUAUCUCAUGUGCAGUGGAAUCAAUGUGCUGAAUGUAUUAUUUUUGUAAGACUGAUUUUGUUUGUAAACUUUCGUUUGUUUUAGGAUUAAUAAACUUGUAAUUAAUUUUUUACUAA